CCUCUGGCCGAGCGCUUGCCGGGGCGUGGCUAGAGGCUUAUUAAAUGAGCUUGCUUUCGAGGUAGCCGCGGUGCUCUUCUGUAGUGCUGCUGCCGUUGCUUCUCGGCCUAGUGCACAGUGCGUCUCCCAUCGGAGAUCGGACGUGGGGAGCUAUGACCAAGUACGUGGAGCUGUACACGAAGGCAAAGAUGCCCAUUUUGGGUCUGGGUACCUGGAAGUCUCCACCAGGACAAGUAACAGAUGCUGUGAAGAAGGCCAUUGAUGUGGGAUAUCGUCACAUAGACUGUGCCUAUGUGUACCAGAAUGAAGAAGAAGUUGGUAACGGAAUCAAAGAGAAAAUCAAGACUGGGGUUGUAAAGCGUGAGGAUCUCUUUGUUGUCAGUAAGCUUUGGUGCACAUUCCAUGAAAAAACCUUGGUGAAGGGUGCUUGUAAGGCAACUCUUGCAGCCCUGAAGUUGGACUACCUGGACCUCUACCUAAUCCAUUGGCCUGUGGGAUUCAAGGCAGGAGAUGAGCUGUUUCCUUCAGAUGAAAAAGGCAUGAUAAUACCCAGUAACACAAAUAUUCUAGACACCUGGGAGGCAAUGGAGGAGCUGGUGGAUGCCGGACUGGUGAAAGCCGUUGGGGUUUCCAAUUUCAAUCAUGAACAGAUUGAGAGAAUUUUGAAGAAGCCCAACUUGAAGUACAAGCCUGCAAAUUCCCAGAUUGAGUGCCACCCUUAUCUAACCCAGGAAAAGCUGAUCAGUUACUGUCAGUCGAAAGGGAUAUCCGUCACAGCGUACAGCCCUCUUGGGUCUCCUGACAGACCAUGGGCCAAGCCAGAGGAUCCAUCUCUCCUGGACGAUCCCAAAAUCAAAGAGAUUGCUGCUAAGCACAAAAAAACUGCAGCUCAGGUCCUGAUCCGUUUUCAUAUCCAAAGAAAUGUGAUUGUCAUUCCCAAAUCUGUCACUCCUUCACGUAUUGAGGAAAACUUCAAGGUGUUUGACUUUGACUUGUCUAAGCAGGAGAUGGAAACCAUCCUGAGCUUCAACCGGAAUUGGAGAGUGUGUGCGCUAAGCACGUGCAUCAAUCACAAAGAUUAUCCUUUCAAAGCUGAAUAUUAAAAGUCCAGGUGUGCUGAAACCACAGAGUGACUUCUUUGUGUUGAUCUUCUUGGCUUCUUAAAUAUAUAUGAUAUAGAUAUAGAUCUAAUCUGCCCUCUCUACAUAGCAUCUAUAAGCCUUUUCCAGCCUAGAUUCAAUACGUUCUGUGUGAUGGCAUUUUUUUUAUGAACCAAUUAUCUUACCCUCCUUGCUUGGCAGGAUCACCCUGGCCAAGGCUGGCGGCUGGAAUUGUACCGCUGCUGCUUCUGAAGUAGCAUCAGACUAGUUUCCUCUCCCGUUUGAAAAAACAACACAAAACUGUUAACAAUGUUCUGGGGAAAGCAGUUCUUAAUGAUGUUGUGUUAAUGACUGUUUCUGAACAUUCUUUUGCCUUGACUGCAGACCAAGACUUUUAGAGUUUCAGUUGUGUGUGUGUUUGUGGUUUUUUUAAAAAAAGUUAGCUACCUUUUCUUCAAAGGUUUGGAAUAGUUUUCUUCCGACAGUAUUUCUUUGAAUAAAAUUGUCUGUUUACUAUCA